AUGGCGAUCAGCAGUAGUACCACCACUCAAGUGGCGGCCACCGAUGGCACCGGUAGUCUCAGCGCCGGGAGUGUUAGCGCCGGUACCGGUGGUGGUGGUGGCGGUGGCGGUGGCCAGGGAGGCAGAGGCGCCGCUGGGGCGAUGUAUGUCGUGAAGCGGGACGGGAGGCACGAGUCGGUAAUGUUUGACAAAAUCACGUCAAGAAUCGCUAAACUCUGCUAUGAGUUGGACAUGAAUUUCGUGGACCCGACGGCCAUCACAUUGAAGGUGAUAGCGGGUCUGUAUUCGGGCGUAACGACUGUCCAAUUGGAUGAGUUGGCGGCGGAGAUCGCGGCGACAAUGACCACAAGACACGCCGAUUACGCCAAACUCGCCGCCCGUAUAGUCGUCUCAAACCUCCACAAAGAGACCAAAAAGAACUUCUCGGAUGUGAUCCACGACUUGCACACAAUGGUGAAUGAAGUGACCGGGAGGUCGGCGCCCAUGAUCUCUGAGCGCACGUACGCUGUGGUGAUGGCGAACGCCGAGCGCCUCAACUCUGCCAUUAUCUACGACCGCGACUUCCACUACAACUACUUCGGCUUCAAGACUCUCGAACGGAGUUACCUCUUGAGGAUCAACGGCAAGAUAGCGGAGAGACCACAGCAUCUGCUCAUGCGGACGGCGGUCGGCAUCCAUGACAACGACAUCGACGCCGCCAUUGAGACCUAUAACCUGAUGUCCGAGCGGUGGUUCACUCACGCGUCGCCCACACUGUUCAACGCCGGCACUCCACGACCGCAACUGUCCUCUUGUUUCCUGUUAACGAUGUCCGAGGACUCGAUUGAAGGUAUUUUCGAUACCCUUAAGCAGUGCGCCGUUAUCUCGAAGGCCGCGGGAGGUAUUGGUCUCAAUGUCCACUGUAUCCGGGCGUCCGGUACUCUAAUCAACGGCACAAACGGCACGUCCAAUGGGUUGGUGCCGAUGCUCCGGUGCUAUAACAAUGUGGCCCGUUAUGUGGAUCAGGGCGGCAACAAACGGCCCGGUGCGUUCGCCAUAUACGUCGAGCCCUGGCAUUCAGACAUUUUCCAGUUCCUCGACUUACGUAAGAACACCGGCGCCGAGGAGCAGAGGGCUCGCGACCUAUUCCUCGCCCUUUGGGUGCCCGACCUGUUCAUGAAGCGCGUGGAGGCGGACGCCAUGUGGUCGCUGAUGUGUCCGCACGACUGUCCCGGCCUGUUCGACACGUGGGGCGAGGAGUUCGAGCGCCUGUACGAGAAGUACGAGAAGGAGAAGCGCUUCACACGUCAGGUGCGGGCGCAGACACUGUGGUUCGCGAUAGUCGAGGCCCAGAUCGAGACGGGAACGCCGUAUAUGGUGUACAAAGACCACUGCAAUCGGAAAUCCAAUCAACAAAACUUGGGAACCAUUAAGUGCUCGAACUUAUGCACAGAGAUUGUCGAGUAUUCCUCGCCGGACGAGAUCGCGGUCUGCAAUCUGGCGUCCAUUGCGGUCAACAGGUUUGUCGACAAAACCAGCCGUACGUACGACUUCCAGAAGCUCCGGGAGGUGACCAAAAUCGUGACCAAAAACCUGAAUAAGAUAAUAGAUGUCAACUAUUAUCCGCUGCCGGAGUGCGAGCGCUCCAACAAAAGGCACCGACCGAUCGGUAUUGGCGUUCAGGGAUUAGCCGACGCUUUCAUUUUGAUGCGACAGCCCUUUGAGAGUCCUGAGGCCAAGGAGUUGAAUAUCAAGGUGUUUGAGACCAUAUAUUACGGGGCGUUGGAGGCCUCGUGCGAGUUGGCCGAAAGGGACGGCCCCUACGAGACCUAUAAGGGCUCUCCCGUGUCGAAGGGUGUGCUUCAGUACGAGAUGUGGGGCCGAAAGCCGACCGAUUUGUGGGACUGGGAGGCGCUGAAGGCCAAGAUCGCCAAACACGGCAUCCGGAAUAGCCUACUGUUGGCGCCGAUGCCCACCGCCUCCACCGCACAGAUAUUGGGUAACAACGAGUCCAUAGAGGCCUACACUUCAAACAUAUACACCCGUCGAGUGCUUUCCGGAGAGUUUCAGGUGGUGAACCAUCACCUGCUCCGAGACCUCACCGAACGCGGCCUGUGGUCGGAACAGAUGAAGAUGGAGAUCAUCGCAAAGCACGGAUCCGUUCAGACCAUAGACGCCAUUCCCAAAGACCUCAAAGAUCUGUAUAAAACUGUUUGGGAGAUCUCGCAGAAGCGCAUACUGGAGAUGGCGGCCGACAGGGGCGCGUACAUCGACCAGAGCCAGUCCCUCAACGUCCAUAUCGCUGAGCCAUCCAUGGCUAAGAUCACGUCAAUGCACUUCUAUGGCUGGAAACUGGGCCUCAAGACCGGUAUGUAUUACCUGAGGACAAAACCGGCCGCCAAUGCCAUCCAAUUUACGGUCGAUAAGACUAAACUGAUCGCUAAGAGCACCGCCGAUGUGGCGGCCAAUGGUGUCAACGGAUCCGGUGAUAAGCCGAAGCCGACGGCCGAAGAGGUGAUGUUGUGUUCCCUACAGAAUAAGGACGAGUGCCUUAUUAAUACUGUUGUCGAUGGCAACCACAGAUCAGUCCUCGAGAGUGACAUUUCUGAACAAAUAAGACAUCGACUCCUUGUUGUGUAUCCGACGUAUGGCUUCGGCCAACAGCACCGAUAUGUCGAUUGUCUUGAUUUUGUUGCACUGCAUCUUCUGCACCUCAUGAGGAACUGGAUGUCAAACACACAAACAUUGCAUAAGUUUAUGAGUGGAGAGAGAGAGAGAGAGAGAGGUCUCUCGAGACAUACCGGUGUUGGUGACGACCACCUCAUUGAUGUACGACUCCUCUAUGAGUCGGGGCGCGUCCAGACUGAGCAGUCCAUGGGUGGCCAACACGCGCCCCUCUCUUUCAACACCUCGGCCGCCGACACGAACGUCUGCACGUCGUCCACCAUGUCGUCCACCAUAAUGGCUAUCCGUCCGCCGACGUCCCCGACCACAGUCAUCGGCGGCUUAUUCUUAGCCGCCUGUGUGGGCAUGGGAUCCAGGCCCACGUCAAACGUCUUAAUACCCGGCUCCUCGACAGGAGGCGGUGAGUAG